CUUUGGUACAAGCAAGGAACGAGGCUCUCGUUGAAUAUAACGCCAGUCUGCAGCUUCUGUUACAGGCUACUGCAGAGAAGCAGCAUUCUAUAAAACAGAUCGCCAAACUGAGGCAGAAUGGACUGGAUUUUAACCCUCGCCUACCACUCUUUGUUCAUUGGCAGCGGAAGUGUCGCGACAGCUUAAGGUUCAGUAUCAUGCGAAACCUCAACUACCAGAGCCGGGCGAUCCGAUACUGGGGCUUACAACAGACCACCGCUAUGGUCGAUGCAAUGCCAUUGGAAACGUAUAGCUUCCUUAGUGAGAGACGGGAACAGCUUCUCCAAUCCUUCAACAAUUGUCUCGAAAACUAUGCCAACGUCAUACCCAGCACCUGGCCUCGAGGAUCUGAGCAGCUGGGACGAAGGCGGAAACUUACGCCCUCAGAGCUGAAUGAACUGAAAAGGGCCGGCUCAACAUACAUACACAUGCAUCCCAGCACAGAUACAACGUUUGGGAAUCAGGUCGACAUCCGCCUUCAACAGGUGCGGCUAUGGCUACCUGGUGCAGAAUUACAACCUGACAGCGCGGGGCCUAAAUUGCUCAAAGUCUAUCUGACCCACCUUGGGGAGGAAAUCAUCCAGGACAGGGAUCACUCAAACCUCACUUUCCUUCAUGACAGAGUUACGGUUAUUUUUGAGUACGAUCCAGCCAGAGUGCUGAGCGCCGGAGAUAUCAGCAGCGAUCAUGUAUUCAAUGUACAAUCACUGGAGGGUACCCAUUACAAUAAUACACCUGCAGGUCAGGGCAGUAUUGCAGCAAUUGGACCAUUUGCAUGGUGGAAAGUUGAUGUGCCGGGUGGAGAUGUGAACCUCGAUGGAGUGACGGAGGCAUACCUGGAGUUUCGGGGGACAAGUCGCCCGCCACGGUAAAUCGGAAUACAUAGUACUAUAUCUU